CAUUGCUGCUGUUGACACCAACCUCAACUACGCCAACGACGCCAACGACGGCAUCGACGCGCUUACCGGUAGAGGCGCCAGCAACAUCAACGCCCCCCGUCGAACUGCGUUUGGCAGUGACGACAGCGCCACAAAUUGAAGAAGUGGCAAGUUCACACCAGCAGGCAGCAACAGCUGGUGUAAAGCAGGGGGAGGUGUUAGAGGAAAUUCUCCCCGUCGAAGCGGAGUUGGUGUCGGCGCAAAAAGCUGCAGCUACAGGCGACAAUAGCACAAGUGAUAUUGCGCCAGUUGUUGUUGCUCCACAGCAGUGCACAACGCAGCAGAAUACGACUGUAGCAACAGCAGCUGUGCCAACAACAACACCAACACCAACACCAACGGCAACUCAUACGGCUACUAGUAGCCCUCUUACGAACGGCAAUAAUAAUAGUCUGCGCCGUAAGAACGGCAACUUUAAAGAAAGUCCAAAAGACGACGUUACCACCACCGCUUUAACUAAAGGCUUGUCUAACCAUUAUACCCUUGGUCGCAGCAGUAAGCCGAAAGUUAAUUUGAAAAUGCGCUUCAAGGUUGCCAAACGUAUUUGUCAGCGUCGCUUGCGUCCGAAGGCUGUCGAUGAAAAUUAUCCACAACCGCAGCGAAAACUUGAGGACAACAAUAAAAACAACGACUACCACCACAAGCAAGUGAAAAGUGAUGAUUGGCGGCUGAGUGGAAGUGACGACUUUAACGAAUUCGGUGAUGAUGAUGAUGAAGGUGAUAAAGAUGAGUGUGAUAAAGCUGUUGAAGGCAAAGUUAAAUCUGAGCUGGGGAUAAAGCGCGC